AUGCCAUCCCUUCCCCUCCGCAUCGCCAUCCUCGAAACAGAUACCCCCGUCGAGUCCAUCCGUGCAAAAUAUGGAGGCUACGGAAGCAUAUUUAAAGCACUUCUCCAAGCUGGCGCCGACAACCUCAAACAUGAAGGCUUAUCUUCGACUUCAGGCCUAGAAAUAUCCUCAUUCGACGUUGUUGCAGCACAUGAAUACCCAAAGCUAGAAGAUGUAGACGGCAUUCUCAUCACCGGUUCCAAGUAUAAUUCUUUUGACAAUGACCGGUGGAUUGUGAAGCUGGUUGAGUUUACGCAGGAAGUGCUGAGGCAGAGAAGAGUCAGAUUAAUAGGUGUAUGCUUUGGUCACCAGAUUAUUGGGAGGGCGAUGGGUGUUAAAGUCGAUAGAAGUGAUAAGGGUUGGGAGACGAGUGUGACAGCUAUUGACUUGACCAAGAGGGGCCAAGAGAUAUUUGGAAGAGCGUCCUUGGCGCUACAUCAAAUGCAUCGAGACAUUGUCUACGAGUAUCCCCCCGAAGUAGAGCAACUGGGGUACACCGAUAGAUGCGCAGUACAAGGAAUGUAUAUCGAAAAGCGCAUCAUCACCGUUCAAGGACAUCCGGAAUUCACGGGAGAAAUUAUGCGAACACUUAUGAAAUUACGACAUGAAAUGGGCUUGUUUAACAAAGCUGAAUAUGAGGAGUCUAUCGAACGAGCGGACAAAUACCAGGACGGCGUUAUUGUGGCGGAAGCAUUUUUGAAGUUUCUUCUCAAUGAUUGA